UCUCGGGCCUUGUAUUCUCAGGUUCCAGUUCCGCGCCCGCGAGGCCCUCUCCCUCCCAUGUUCCUUUGCGCCGCAUAGCCGCCAUCCGGGUCCCCUCCCUCUCUCUCUCCCGGCAGCGCAGGCGCCCUGGCGCCCCAUCCGGAUCUUCCGGGCCCGUCCGCGCAGGCGCCGUGCCGCUGUAUCCGGGUCCCUCGGGCCCAGCCGCGGCUGGUCCUGAGGUAAAUCUAAGAUGGCCGCCGUCGGAGGUUCGGGAGGAGGCGGAGGCGGCGCCAGCGGCAGCAAUACUACCGGGGCGGCGGUGUCCUCCUCGUCCUCUCCGGCCGCCACCACGACGCCCGCGGCCGCCUCCUCGUCCUCCUCCUCCGCUUCGGCGGGGCCUGGGGCCUCCGCGGCCGCGUCGUCUUCUUCGGCGGCGGCGGCGCCUCAGCCCCCUCCAGCCUCCCAAGGGGGGCCUCCUGGGCAGGCCUCGGCGGCGGCCGUGGUAGUACAGCAGCCUUCCGGCUCGUCCUCGGAGGCGGCCACCGGCGGAGGAGGGGGAGGGAGCGGCUCGGCGUCGUCCUCCUCCUCCUCGUCGUCCUCAGGCGGGGGCGGCAACAACAACAGCAGCGGCCACUCCCACCACCCCCCGGCCAACAACAGCAACGCCCCGGGUUCCUCGUCGUCGUCUUCCUCCUCCGGAGGGGCGGCCGGGGGCGCCGGGGCGGCCUCUUCGCCCUCCCCGUCGCCCUCCUCGGCCUCCUCGGAGUCGUGGUACGUGGCGCUGCUGGGCCUGGCCGAGCACUUCCGCACCUCCAGCCCGCCCAAGGUCCGCCUCUGCGUCCACUGCCUCCAGGCUGUCCUGCCCCGCAAGCCCCCCGCCCGGGUCGAGGCCCGCACCCACCUCCAGCUCGGCUCCGUCCUCUACCACCACACCCGCAACGGCGAGCAGGCCCGAGGGCACCUCGAGAAGGCGUGGCUGAUAUCACAACAUAUACCACAGUUUGAGGAUGUCAAAUUUGAAGCUGCAAGUCUCCUGUCAGAACUGUAUUGUCAAGAGAACUCAGUGGAUACAGCUAAGCCCCUGCUCCGUAAAGCCAUCCAGAUCUCACAGCAGACUCCGUACUGGCACUGCCGUCUCCUUUUCCAGCUUGCGCAACUUCACACCCUUGAGAAGGACUUGGUGUCGGCCUGUGACCUUUUGGGGGUUGGAGCCGAGUAUGCCCGCGUGGUAGGAUCAGAAUAUACCCGAGCGUUGUUUCUCUUAAGCAAAGGCAUGCUGCUGCUCAUGGAGCGGAAGCUGCAGGAGGUGCACCCCCUCCUCACGCUCUGCGGGCAGAUUGUGGAGAACUGGCAGGGGAACCCCAUCCAGAAGGAGUCGCUGCGUGUCUUCUUCCUGGUGCUGCAGGUGACCCAUUACCUGGACGCCGGUCAGGUGAAGAGCGUCAAGCCCUGCCUGAAGCAGCUCCAGCAGUGCAUCCAGACCAUCUCAACCCUCCAUGACGACGAGAUCCUGCCCAGCAACCCGGCCGACCUCUUCCACUGGCUGCCCAAAGAGCACAUGUGUGUCCUGGUCUACCUGGUGACUGUCAUGCACUCCAUGCAGGCCGGAUACUUGGAGAAAGCCCAGAAGUACACCGACAAAGCCUUGAUGCAGUUGGAGAAACUCAAAAUGCUAGACUGCAGCCCAAUUUUAUCCUCUUUCCAAGUGAUUUUGCUGGAGCAUAUCAUCAUGUGCCGCCUUGUCACAGGUCACAAAGCCACCGCCCUACAGGAGAUUUCCCAGGUCUGCCAGCUCUGUCAGCAGUCUCCCCGGCUGUUUUCAAACCAUGCCGCUCAGCUGCACACUCUUUUGGGUUUGUACUGCAUAUCUGUAAACUGCAUGGACAACGCGGAGGCGCAGUUUACCACCGCACUCCGGCUCACCACCCAUCAAGAGCUGUGGGCUUUCAUCGUGACCAACCUCGCCAGCGUUUACAUCCGGGAGGGAAACCGACACCAGGAGCUUUAUAGUUUAUUGGAACGAAUAAAUCCAGACCACAAUUUUCCUGUGAGCUCUCACUGCCUGCGAGCUGCCGCCUUCUACAUCCGGGGAUUGUUCUCCUUUUUCCAAGGGAGGUACAACGAAGCCAAGCGCUUUUUGCGGGAGACGCUGAAAAUGUCCAAUGCGGAAGACCUGAAUCGGCUAACUGCUUGUUCCCUUGUGCUUCUGGGCCACAUAUUCUAUGUGUUAGGGAACCACAGGGAAAGUAACAACAUGGUCGUGCCGGCGAUGCAGCUGGCCAGCAAGAUCCCAGACAUGUCCGUGCAGCUGUGGUCGUCCGCACUCUUGAGGGAUCUGAACAAAGCAUGUGGAAAUGCUAUGGAUGCACAUGAAGCUGCACAGAUGCACCAGAACUUCUCCCAGCAGCUUCUCCAGGACCAUAUUGAGGCCUGUAGCCUUCCGGAGCACAACCUCAUCACGUGGACGGACGGACCCCCACCUGUCCAAUUCCAGGCGCAGAACGGACCCACCACCAGCCUGGCCAGUCUGUUGUGAAGGAGCGGCACAUCCUCAUAAGGAUGACCAGCUGUCUUUCGUUCCCUUUACCCUAUGCUUUUUCUAACAAAGACCCAACGAUGGACUGCAGCUUCCUCACCUCUUUAGGAGUUGCCUCAGGAGUAUAUUUCAUAGACUCACACUAUGGCAUAGCCGUUCUGAACUCCUUUUUAAGGUUUCUGUACAUAUAUAUAUUUAUAUAUAUACAUAUAUAGAGCGAGAGAGUGUAUGUGUGGAGAGAGUGUGUGACCUGUUAAUUACAGGGGUGUGUUUAUACUUAUGUGUGCAGUGGUGUGAGAGGGGAGUUUGCAGUAUUUCCCUUCCUGCUUCCCAGAAUUAGGAUUUACCUGAUUUACUGCUUUAAUCAAGUGGAAUCUUUAUGAUUUUUUAAAAAGAGGAAACGCCUGAAGAAACUUGGUAUAAAUGGAUAGCGUAGAGGUGAAGAAAAGCCUUUCUACUUUACCCUGUCUCUGGAAACGCCACGUCUUUUAAGCCUU